AACCCAUUCCCUGCUAUGACAAAUAUCUCAAGACUCCAGCAUCCAGCGCCAUUUGCAUCAACUUAAAUAUAGCAAACCAGAAACCGUCAAGCAAAAUGUAUUUGUCUUUCUUCGUCGAGUUCUGUAUUUUCUCCAUUGGCUUCACUAGCCUCGCUGGUGGAGUACUCGCCCUCUAUAACCCAAGAAACCAAUACAAACUCAAAGGCAUUCCAGACAUGGGAUCCUCAGACGAUCCCGCCAGCUUCGCGCCGAUAUAUAUGCUAGCAGCAAGAGAUAUAUCUUUGGGCAUCUUUAUCCUAGCACAUCAAUUCCAAGAUAACCAUAUUGCUAUCGCUACCAUCAUGGCCGUCAUGAGCUUCAUGAAAUUCGGCGAUCUUCUUAGUGUUCUUGCAGUUGGAGACGGAAAAAGGUCGCUUCCGGGUAUUUUGCACUUUUCUAUGGGUAUUGGUUAUCUGGGCUGGGUGGUAUAUCUGUGCAAAAACUAGUCCUGGGGUUUUGAGAGACAUAUGUACUGAAUCAUCGUUCUCGGGUUACACUCAUUUACUUAUACGGAAGGUUAAAUGACUAGUCGACGUUCCGAUUCGGUAUUCCAACAUUAAAAGAUCAUAGAAAGGGGAUGGUUUGAGAUUAACUGUUGCCGUUAGGCGGAAUUGGUAGCCAUCUGAACUUUGCGCCAGCUAGACGGUUCAUCAGCGCCACUCCGAUGUGACAUUGGUGGAU